AUUGCAGAGAGGAUAGACAGAGAGACAUUGUGUGGGGCUGCAGCUGAUUGUGUCCUGGCCUUUGAUGCUGUGGCUGAGAAUCCUCUAAAUGUGUUUAAUGUUAGGAUUGAAAUUCAAGAUAUAAAUGACAAUCCACCAAUAUUUCUCUAUGAAACAAUUAGGUUAGAAAUUAGUGAAUAUGCUCUAUCAGGAGCAAAGUUUGUUUUGCAUAAAGCAGAGGAUUUGGAUAUAGGAAUGAAUACACUGAAAAGCUACAAGCUAAGUCCAAAUGAGCACUUUGUCUUAGGAGAAAGGAUCAGCUCUGAUGGCAGUAUAUUUCCUGAACUAGUUCUAGAAAAGCCUCUAGACCGAGAGACACAAAAUUACCAUGAACUAAUUCUAUCAGCUUUUGAUGGAGGAAAUCCAGUACAAACAGGCACUGCACUGAUUAAGAUUGCCAUCACUGAUUUUAAUGAUAAUACACCUAUAUUUACCCAAGAAAUAUAUAAAAUAAGCAUUAAGGAAAAUAUACCUUUAAAUUCUACAGUUCUGCAGGUCAGGGCAACUGAUGAUGAUGAAGGUGUAAAUGCUCAGAUUACAUAUUCAUUUAGUACCCUGGCAAAUAGCAUUCUCCAGAUGUUUACAAUUAAUCACAAGAAUGGAGACAUCAGAACAAAGGGACAUUUAGAUUAUGAAAUGAAAAAACACUAUGAAAUAUCUGUACAAGCCAUGGAUGGAGGGGGCCUGGCUGCCCAUGCUAAAGUUUUAAUAGAGAUAUUGGAUGAGAAUGACAAUGUUCCUGAGAUAACCCUCACCUCCCUGUCUUCUCCUAUUCCUGAAGACACAUCACCUGGAACUGUGGUGGCUCUCAUUGCAGUUCGUGAUAAAGACUCAGGAGAAAAUGGAGAAGUUCAGUGUCAGGUCAUUGGGGAUAUUCCAUUUGAAUUAGUGUCAUCAGCA